AUGCCAGUGGAAGAUCAUGUGAAAAGAACUUUGAGAAAUCAACGUUCAAAAUUAAAUCCAAUUGAACCAACUAGUCUUGACAAUUUGAUCAUUGAUGAUGAGUGGUGCACUACAGGUUAUCCUGCGUAUGAAAACGUUGUAUCCACGUUGGGUUGCAUGAUAUUAUUGAUAUUACAUUAUGAUUAUGACUAUGAUACUAUAUGUUAA